AUGCCAGAUAGAAUCCGGGAUGAAAUCCAUGCCAAACGGCCGAAGCAACAAACACCGCCCACACCGCAUACCGUUUGGGCACGCGAUCGUACACGCAUUCACGANCCAGCGUGUAGUGGCGGUAUUCCACGCAUCCAAAAUUGUCUUGGUGCUGGUGCCCAGCUGCACAAAAUCGAACGCGUUCAGGUGACCGGAAUCGAGAAGCAAAAGUAA